AGUACAACUACUAUUCAACCUUCACCUCCAUCUUACGGUCAAAGUUCAUCCGGGUCGACCGUCCAACGUUGUGAGCAUAUCCGAUCAAACAAAAACUAGUAAUGGCGUGCUCCGGUGGUGUGGCGGAGCGCUGCAGCCCCCAGGGGGUCAGCUACAACACCUUACCGCACAUGGUGAACGCAGACGGACAAUACCUGUUCUGUAAGACAUGGGAGCCUAAUCUCAAGGAAGGCGAGAAACCCAGAGCACUGCUGUUCCACGCGCAUGGCUUCAGGUGCCACUGUAUGCUGAUAUCUCCCAUCCUGGCACGACUUCUCAACAGUCAUGGGAUACUGGUCUUCUCACAUGAUCACGUAAACUUACCGUGUACUCAAGUCGGCCAUGGUCAGAGCGAGGGGAUCCCAGGAGACUACAUGGACCUGGCUGUCAUGACCAGAGACGCCUUACAGCAUAUUGACAUGAUGUCGGCCAUGUACCCAGGAGUGCCCAUCUUCUUGUCGGGACAGUCCAUGGGUGGCGUCAUUGCAAUUCGAGCAUCUCUGGAGCGUCCUGGUCAAUUUGCUGGGAUAUUACUGUUUUCGCCUGCAGUACGGGCCGCGCUCCUGGCAAUAAUGAUUGUCGUUGCACAACUCGGCGCCUGGCUCCUCCCAGAGGUCCGGUUGGGAGGGCCCCGUCCGCUACUCAUCAGCAAAAACCUGGAAAUCCAAACGAUGUACGAAAACGACCCUCUCAUCUUUAAAGAAGGGAUUAAGUUGCGGGCAGCACACCAGCUGCUUAAUGGCAUUCAGGAAACACGUCAACGGUUGCACGAAGUCGAUUGUCCAUUUCUGGUGCUUCACGGAGAGAACGACACCAUAACAGACAUAGUUGGAUCCCGAGAAUUGUACGAACAGGCCAGGAGCCAAGACAAACAAAUGAAGACGUAUCCCAACUGUCUUCACUCCCUGCUGCUGGAGAGCGCUGAAGACGCCGAGAAAGUUCAGAAGGACGUCCUGGAUUGGCUGUUACCCCGCCUGGACCCCCUACACACUUCCUCCUCAUGGUUAUGAAUCCUCGUUAUAUCCAUCAGACUAUAACAUAUCUCCGGUAACAAAUAGAAUAUAUAUAAUAGUCACUUGUUUGACAUGUAUGAAUGUCGUAUACACUGUAUGUUGCAAUUAGCCAUCGGGUAUGAAUUUGUAAAUAAUCUUAAACUGUUAUAGUCUGAUGGAAAUGUCACUUGUCUAAAAGAAACCAAACUUGAAUAGCAAAUUUCUUUAUUCACAACCACUUGUUUAACAAGAGACGACGUUUCGCAUUCGAUGACCGUCUGUCAUCUUCAUCAGGGCAAUUAUGGUUCUCUGUAAUUGCCCUGACGAAGAUGACAGACGGUCGACAUCAAAACACCGUCUCUUGUGAAUAAAGUACUUUGCUAGUCAAUUAUUUGCCAGCCUGUUGAAAUUAUUAACGAGAAACCAAACAUUCAUUUGAGUGUAGAUGAUAGGUGUGCAAGUAUUGUUUACAGGCGCAUUGUGACUCUAGCCGUAACUGUAUAAUGCACAUUUUUGUUCCGAAGAAAUAUACUAGUGAAUGUAUCAGAUAACGUCCCAUAAGAAUUGAAUGAUGACACUAAAUUUUAUUGUGAUAUCGUCAUACAUGUAGUAUAGUACAUAUCAGAUGUGAAAUUCAAUGACUACAUAUUAUUGUAAUAUAGAAAUACAGUACAAUGUCUGUCAUUAUGGUUGAUUGUACUAUUCCAUGGCUGCUUUAUGUAAUAUUCAUAUCACUAGACAUUGAUCUUUAAUCAUGAGUAUGUAUCAUAUAUGACUAGUUUGAAUGUAGAUAUUGCGCUAUGUAUUGUGUUGAAAUCAUAGUAUUCGAUAUAAAGACUCCGAAUCGUGCAUAGCUUAUAUACAGCGCUCUGAUGAUUUUAUAUCCAGUACGGAUUGUGUACAUACUGAUAAUAUGUGAUAGUAUACAUUAUAAACCUUGUGGUAAAUGUCGGUUAUAGCAGUGUUUGCUUGCAUUCCAAUAUCGUAUAAUUGACUUGCUCUAAUGAUAAACGGGUUAAGAUAAGCUUGAAACACUGACAACACUACUUUACUCAUCUAGGCCUGAAUAGAGGUGACGCAUCUAGACUCAGGACGUGUUUCCAAGUUUGGCAUGUUUGGAAUUAAUCCUAUUCAUCCUUCCCGUCGCUAAAAUGUGUCCUAUGUAUAGGGAAAGGCCCUAACACUUGGAGAAUGCUCUGAAACCUUUACAUAAAGGAAGCAAGUUCAGUCACUUGAUGCAGUUGGUAACAUGAUGGCAACUGCCUCCUAGCGUUCAUGAUUAGGAUAAUUUCU